AUGUCUUCGGAAACAGCUGAGAAGGCAUACUUCAUACUGGAGAAAUCUCCAUACCACGAGGAGCACGUCAAGCAGAAAAGAGAGCGGAACACCAGAACGUUGGCUUUCAUUCUUUCGUUAAUAGCCGCCAUCGUUUGGGGUUCUGGGUUCUUGAUAAAUGCCGUGGACAACUUUACAACGCAUAAUAGUGCUUCAUUGGGGCAGACUUACAAGGGUUCGAACAUUUACGACUCACCGCCUCUUCUCACUAAAGAGCACUCCCAUAGCUAUCCACAGGACGAUGGUAAGACUCCUCUUAGCCUAGAAGCUAUUCGUGAGGGUAAGUUCCGUCCACAAUUCAAGAAUUUGCAGUGGAUUAGGGCUCCAGAGUCUGCUACUCAUGACCAGGGCACGUACUUGCUUGAGGAUAAGGAAGAUGAGCAGACGACGUACGUUGUCAAGAGCAUUCUUGAUAAGGAUUAUCAUUAUGUGCUUCACCAGGGCAGCUCUUUUGAAUAUGAAGAGGAGACUUAUGAUAUAGACUCAUUGGUGGCCUCCCCUGACCUUACGAAGGCUAUUUUAAAGACAGACACUAAAAAGAACUGGAGACACUCAUCUUUUGCGAUUUACUGGGUUUUGGAUGUCAAGACUCAGUCUAUUAGCCCGUUGUUUAACACCAACGACUUGGUGGCCGUUACUUCGUGGGCUCCUACUUCUGACAAGAUUGCAUUCAUCUUCGAGAACAAUGUGUAUGUCAAGGACCUCAGUUCUGGUGAAAUUUCACAAAUUACCCAUGAUGGAGAUGAGAAGACUUUUUACGGUAAACCUGAUUGGGUUUACGAAGAGGAGGUUUUUGCCUCUGACAUCGUUUUGUGGUGGUCUCCACAAGGUGAUAAAAUCGGCUUCUUAAAGUUCAACGAUACGGAAGUACCAGACUUCCCUAUCCCAUACUAUGUUCAAGAGGGUCAUGAGGAUUAUCCUGAGUUGGUGUCCAUCAAGUACCCAAAGCCUGGCUAUUCUAACCCAAAGGUAGACUUGGUUCUCUAUGACACCGAACUGAAGAAUCAGAAUGUUCACAUUGCUAAGCUUAAUACUUCUUUCGAUGAUAAGCUCAUCACUGAAGUGUUGUGGGUCUCCGAUGAUUAUCUUUUAGUGAGAACUACGAACAGAGCCAGUGAUAAGAUGGAAGUCUUCUUGGUUUCCACUGAUGAUGGAGCCGAAGGCAAGUUGGUAAGAAAGCACCAUGCGGAACAAUCUUGGUUCGAGGUCACCUCAAACGCUAUUUACAUUCCUCGUAAUGAGUCUGCUGGCAUUCCUCAUGAUGGUUACAUCGAUCUUGUUGUACAUGAAGGUUACAACCACUUGGCCUACUUCUCCCCACCGGAGAACCCUAAAGGAAAGCUCCUUACAAAGGGCCGCUGGGAAGUUUUGGAGAACAAGUUUGACUUCCUGACAAAUGAGAUCUACUUCCAAGCCACUGAGAAGUCGUCAGUUGAAAGACAUUACUAUUCCCUCAGCCUUUUGGAUGCGAUUAAACUGGAUGACUCUGUUCAGUACAAAAACAUCACCGAUACUAGUGCUGAAGGUUGGUAUGGUGCAUCGUUCUCUUCGGGCGCCAGAUUUGCAUUGCUUUCUUAUCAGGGUCCUUAUGUUCCUUACCAGCAUCUUGUGGACUUGCAUACUCAGGAGAUUGUGCAAGAAAUUGAGAGUAACGACGAACUUGCCAAAACUCUUGAUGAGUAUGAUAUUCCACAAACCGAGCGCUUCAUUGUGAACUUGGGUAAGGACGAAACGACCGGUGGAGAUAUCUUGGCCAACGCUAAGGAGACCAAGCCUCGUAACUUCAACCCAAACAAAAAGUAUCCUGUUUUGUUCUUCGUUUACGGUGGACCAGGCUCUCAGACUGUUACCAAGGUUUUCGAGGUUGGCUUUAGCGAGGCAAUUGCUUCCGAGCUCGAUGCCGUCGUUGUCACAGUGGACGGCAGAGGUACAGGCUUCAAUAAUAACGAUGAAAAAUUGGGCUCAAAGUUUAAGUUCAUCGUUCGUGACCGUUUGGGACACUACGAACCAAUUGACCAGAUUGCUGCUGCCUCGAUCUGGGCAAAGAAAUCUUAUGUUGAUGCAAACAGAAUCGCUAUCUGGGGCUGGUCUUACGGAGGAUUCUUGACAUUGAAGACAUUGGAAACUGAUCACACCGACCAUGUUUUCUCCUAUGGUGUUUCAGUCGCUCCAGUUACUAAAUGGAGACUUUACGAUUCGAUCUACACAGAGAGAUACUUGAGGACGCCUCAAGAGAACCCAUCGGGCUACGAAAGUGCAAGCAUUUUCAAUGUCUCCAAUUUCAAGGAUGUGAACAGAUUCUUGGUGAUGCACGGUUCUGGUGACGAUAAUGUGCAUUUCCAAAACAGUCUUAGUCUCAUUGAUGACUUCAACUUGGCCGGAGUCGAGAACUUUGACUUCAUGGUGUUCCCUGACUCUGACCAUUCGAUCAGAUACCAUAACGGAAACAACGUUGUCUUUGACCGAAUCAAAAGCUGGAUAGGCAGGGCCUUUGCUGGCGAAUUCGCAUAA